AUGGCACCUCAAUCGACCUCGAGAUCAGGUGGAAAGAAGGGUGGGAAGUCGAGCGAUGUUACCGACGGCGCUAAAUCUAUCCAGAGUCGCAGCCAGAAAGCAGGGCUACAGUUCCCUGUUGGCCGUAUCCACCGUUUCCUCAAGCAGCGUACGUCGCAUAACAUGCGUAUCGGUGCCAAGGCUGCGGUCUAUACGUCCGCCAUUCUCGAGUACCUGACAGCUGAGGUUUUGGAACUUGCUGGGAAUGCGUCAAAAGAUUUAAGGGUGAAACGCAUCACUCCUCGCCACCUACAAUUGGCCAUUCGAGGAGAUGAGGAGCUCGAUACCCUUGUUCGCGCUACCAUUGCAGGCGGAGGAGUUCUGCCUUUUAUCCACAAGAGUUUGACGGGAGCCAUUAAACAAGGCAAAAAGAAGGAAGGCGAAAUUCCAGCAUGA